AUGCUUUCGGUUCAUUUCUGGCAGACCCCCGCUGGACCUACAGAUGCUGCUCCCUCGCUGGCUAAUGGCAUUCAGACCCCCACCCACCGACGCUGUCAGACAAGCAACUGGACAGGACAGCUCAGCAGCAGGACACUGGCCACAAUCGCGGCCAGAGCCGCAGCCCCCUGGCUACAGACCACCUCUGCUGCUUCUCUUGGGAGCCCUCCCACCUCCCUCUGGCUUGCCGAGGCCCCACCGCAGGGGCUGAAGAACUGGGCGGUGGUGGUGGCAGCUGUGGCAGUGGUCCCUACAGCCUUGGGGCCAGCCCGGGCACGUGGGAACCUGUUUCGGGCCACUCUGCGGCCCCUCCAGGACCAGAGGGGGACCCAGGACAGCCCCAGCGCUCACCACUGCCUCUUCUUGUCUCUAAAACCUGGGCAAGGGCUCAGAAUGGAAGGCGGUACUUCUGACAUGAACUCACAGACUAGCCUGCCGCCUGCAGAGGACCCGGUGAGCCGACCACAAGACAACCCGGAGCCCAGGCAGCAGCUGCGGCCACUACCUGAGCCGUCAGCCUCUAUCCAGCCUGAAGCUAAGUAUGUGGAGAUGUGUGCUUCAGCUGGAGUCCGAAGGGAGAGCCCCCAGACCAUGAAACUGCUACCGGAUCAGGGCCCUGAGGAGCAGGCCUCCAGGAGCCCGAAGGCAAAAGCCCAGGAGGAACCCAGCAGCCGUGCACCGGAGGCUCCUGCAGCUCCGGGGGAGAGUCCCGCUUCCUCCCAAAGCCUCAGCUCCCAGGCUUGUGAGAACAACUUCUCAUCUUCCUCCUUCUCCUCCUCCCCGGUGGACAGUGCAGAAGGCAAUGGCCUUUCCAAAAUGGACGACCCCACCAAGUUACUGGGGUUCCUGGCCACCUCCUCUUCAUCCUUAGGCUUUGAGAGUGAGCCAGAAACCAGCUGCCGGCAACACAGGGGAGAAGCAGGAGACCGGGCAGGAGCAGGGGCGGAUAGAAGAGAAGGGGUCGAUGAUGGAACUACGUGCAAGGACAUCAUUGCCAAGUCCCACGGCAAGAGGGGGCCCCUGAAAAAUGAGGAAGGACACUACAUCACCACCCACGAGAUCCAGUUGACUGAGGUAGAGCAGGGUAUGGAUUUCGACGUGGGGCUGGCGUCUCGCUGGGACUUCGAGGACAACAACGUGAUCUAUUCGUUCGUGGACUAUGCUUCCUUUGGCGGCAGUGAUGAGACCCCGGGAGACAUCACCACAGAAGAAGAAGAGGAUGACAAUAGCGGUUACGUCAGCACCACGCCAAGCACCAACACCACUCGGACUCCCAGCCCUAUCAGCAGCGACCUGGCUCGCCCCAGGUCAGGCAACAGUGGCCGUGACACCAGCAGCACAGAAGUGGGCAGUGGCCCCUCUGACAGUGACACUCUUCCUCCACCCACUGGCCCUGGCAGUGCCACUCCACCUGAGCCUUUGCCGGAGCUUCGGGAGGCAGCCUUAGGGGCAUCGGCCACGGCUGCAAGCAGCUGUGGGAGUGCAACAAGCCAGAUCCGCCUGUCAAUCAAGCCAAGUUCCCGGGCUAUAAAUGAGCCUAGCAACGUGUGUGCAAAGCAAAACAUUAUUUAUGCUGCCAAGCAUGAAGGCGACAUGAGCCUCCGAAUCUCUACAGCUGCUGAACACAAUUCAAGUUCACUGAAGCAAAAUUCGGCUGCAGCCGUGGCUCAGGACCAUGCAAAGAAAUUCAUCGCUGUCCCUGCUCGCCUGCAGACCCGGUGUGGGGCCAUCCGGGCGAAGGAGCUGGUGGACUACUCCAGUGGGGCGUCCAGCGCAGUGAGUGAGUUGGACGACGCAGACAAAGAGGUGAGGAACCUAACCUCCAGGGCCUUCCGGAGCCUUGCUUACCCCUAUUUUGAGGCUCUGAACAUCAGUUCCCGAGAAUCCUCUACCACACUGUCCGAAGUGGGCUUUGGGCGAUGGUCAACCUUCCUGGACUUAAAAUGCGGAGGCGUUGGAGCCAGAGUGGAACAGAGUCUGCUGAGGAGCAGCGCGGCCUCUGUGGCUGCAGGGCUGAGGAAGGGUGGUGGCACCCGAGCCACUGCUGACCAGCUCUACCUCCAGGCCAAGAAGUCCCAGACCAAGGCCUUGGAGUUUGUGGUCAGCAAAGUUGAGGGAGAAAUCAAACAUGUGGAGACACCCCUAUGCUUCCAGAAACAGGUCCAAACUGGCUCUCGGGUGGUCACGCUUCUGGAGCCCCUCAAUCUCCGCAGUGAGAGCAAAGCCAGCUCAGCUGCUGGACCCUGCAAAACCACCAAAGGUGCUAACAAGGGUCCAGGGUCUGUGUACACAGACGAUGGGUCAGAGACCUCUGAGAGCAGCAAGCCUGCCUCCCGCAGUGAUGGCCCCCAGAAGAAGUCCAAAUUCGCUUCCAGCCUGCUCAAAAACGUCAUUUCUAAGAAGAUGCAGAGAGAGCACGAGUUCAAAAUGGAGAGAGGAGAAGUCACCGACACAUCUCACCACAACGCCCCCAGCACUAAGGAGACAGAAGGAGGGGCUGAGAAGCCGUGGGAGCGAGGGCUGCAGAGGCAGAGUUCACGGCACUCUGAGGCUAGUUCCGAGUACACCGUGGUCAGUGUGUCUGAUGCAGGUGGGGAGGGGUCUGUGGUAGGUUCUAAAUCCCCCAUUUUCAAAGCCAGUACUCCUCGAGAGAGCAGCACAGGCUCCGGCCGAAAUGUCUCCGACGGACACACAGAAGUGUGUGAAAUUAAAAAGAGUGCUUCAGAGACCGUGAAGGGCAUCUUCCUCCGGAGUCAGAACAGCGCCUUCCGGACGUGGAAAGAGAAAGAGGCAGAGACGUUGGAGAAGAAAGCUCCCAUUGGGAAACUGAAGCUUCCCAAAGGUGGGGACUGGAGGGCUGAUCUCGGGGAGAUCUCUGCUAGCAAGUCCACCAUCAUGUCUCGCCUCUUCGUCCCCAACAUCCAGCAGACACCCAAGGACAAACAGCCAGAGAAGCAGGCCACCAAGUACCCUGCUGCUGCCGCUGCGGCCACCUCCACGGCGGUGAUCAGACCCAAGGCUCCUGAAAUCAAGAUCCGGCUGGGAAGCGUUCAACAGCCAAGCUCAGACUUCAACAUCGCCAAGCUGCUCACGCCCAAGCUGGCUAGCGGCAGCGGCUCAAACCUCUUCAAGACCGUAGAGGAUAACAGCAGGACCCAGCAGAAACUCUUCCGCGGUGGGGACAAUCUGGAAAAGGUACCCCAGUUCCAGGUGAGAGAUAUUAGGGACAAGUCCAAGGCCCCAGGACCUCUCCACCAGGUGAGGGAUGUGAGGAAGCUAAUCAAAGGGUCAGGAGAUAGCAGUGACAAGGGCAGUGUCACCCCAGAGCAGGGCUUGACGGGGACUAAGUCUAGGCAGCUGACUCCUGCCUCUGGGGGAUCCAGGUCUUUGUCCCCUAUGGUGAUCACGUGCCAGGCGGUUGUGAAUCCAAGAGAAGACAGUGUGGAUCGAGAGCCCAGGGAAGGUGUGGGCAAGGCAAGCAAUGGCGGUAGAUUCUUGAACUCUUCUCCAGAAGGGACUGUCUUGGUUCACAGAGCAUCUGGCAGGCUGCCUGUGGCCACCAUUGCGCCCAACAAAUCUGAGCAGGGCUCUUACCUGCCUGUGCUCAAGAUUGUCUCCAAAGCUUCUGCUCAGAGGACCCCGGAGAAGCCCAGAGAGGAAGAGGUCAAGGAGGAGGGGAAAGCUCCCAAACCAGCCCGGAAUGCCCUGGAGAAGCUGACAGCUGCCGUGAGGUCCAUGGAGGAGCUGUACAGCUUCAACAGGAAUGAAUGGAAGCGCAAAAGUGACCCCUUGCUCAUGAUGGCGGACAGCCAUGUCCUGUCACUCAUAGCCAGUGAGGAGAAGGAAGGGGUAGCUGGACCCGAAGGAGACCCUGACAAGCUGGCCAAGCAGCUGGGACAGUUGGAAGAACGGGACACAGGACACAAAGGUGGUGUGGUCCUGCGAGCCGCCCCUGUGGAACGUCUGCAGAGGAGAAACUCAAACCCGAGCUCCGAGAGCGUGUCUGCCCGGGCCGCUGCCUUUGAGAACAUGGCCAGAGAAAGGCCCCGGUCUCUCUAUAUUCCUCCAGUCCACAAAGAUGUGGAAAGAACGCAACCUCUGCAGCCCCUCCCCCCACUCCCCAGCCAUCGGAAUGUGUUCACAGUGAGCUCUAGCAGCACUCAAAAAACUGGAGGUGUUGCUGGCAAGUUCCCACAAGCGCCUUCUCCGGAGAGCCUUUCAGCAGCCAAGGGCAUCAAAUCGCAGGGACUCAGAUCCCUCAAGAUCUCCCCAGCCACCCGAGCCCCUCCUGAUGAUGCCCCCAACAGGAAAACCGCUGUCAGUUUGGAGAAGAGCAACAGUGACUGUGAGAAUUACCUGACUAUCCCCCUUAAAGGAAGCGCUACUUCCGGAGAGUUGUUUGGCAGACCCGGGGCUUCCAGAGAUGGACCCCCCAGCUCCUCAGCGGCUACUCUCUGUAGUUUACCUCCACUGAGUGCCCGCAGUCAGGUCCCCAAUAACCCCAAAGGAUCUCAAGUCAGUGGAACCAGCAGACCGGCUUGGCGUACCAAACCCGACAACCACCGAGAAACAGUCACAGCUGCCCCACCAGGGCCACAGAGCCCCGAGCACGCUCCCACUGCUGUCUACCACCAGCAGGCAUUGCCCUUCACCCUCCAGGGCGCCCAGCCUCAGGUCCUCUGCUUCUCCCCGCCCAGUAUGCCAGCCCCAGCCCCUGCAGGCCCAGCUGCUGUCCCCACAGACCCCUUUCAGCAGCCACAGCCUCAGCAGACGCAGCGCAAGAUGCUCCUGGAUGUGACCACCGGCCAGUAUUAUCUGGUGGACACGCCGGUUCAACCCAUGACCCGGAGACUGUUUGAUCCCGAGACAGGACAAUAUGUGGAUGUGCCCAUGACUUCUCAACAACAGCCUGUGGCACCCAUGUCCCUCCCUGUACCUCCUCUGGCCCUGAGUCCUGGGGCCUACGGGCCCACCUACAUGAUCUAUCCCGGAUUUCUGCCCACAGUGCUGCCCCCCAACGCCCUGCAGCCCACGCCCAUUGCUCACACUCCGGGAGGCAGUGAGCUCUCUGUGGCGGCAGAGACCCCCAGCAAAGAGACAGCUAAGGCGUUCACUGAAGCCCCGUACUUCACCGCCUCUGGUCAGUCCCCUGCCUCCGCUUCCUCCUCAGCUCCAGCAGCCACACCUCAGCUCGUGGGGGCCAAGGGCUUUGCCCAGUUGCACGGCAAGCCUGUCAUCAGCAUCACCUCACAGCCCUUGGGGCCACGCAUCAUUGCUCCCCCUUCCUUUGAUGGCACCACUAUGAGCUUCGUGGUGGAACACAGAUGA